AUGGAACUCUGCAAGAUGAGCUUAUGUCGAAUCCUCUGCCUGAUUGCACUCUAUGCGCAAUGCCAAUCCUUAAACUUCGACGACAGUCUGGGAACAGUGGUGGCGCCACAGGUGGUAAUAGUCUCAAUGUGGCACCCAGAAGCACACAUUUGGCAUACUCGCUUCAAUGAGUCGAACCUAGGCAACCUCACUGCAACUUUCGUAUCUGUUCCGGGACUUUCCAUGCUAUACCCUCGUGUCUUUUGCACAAAAACGGGCCACGUCUGCCAGUUGACACUGGGAGAAGGAGAGAUAAAUUCCGCUGCCUCGAUGAUGGCAUUCCUGAUGUCUGCGGAAUUCGACCUUCGCAGCGCGUAUUUCCUGUUCGCGGGCAUUGCCGGUGUCAACCCUCGUCACGGCACUAUCGGAAGCGUUGCACUCGCUCGAUAUGCAGUUCAAGUUGCGCUCCAAUACGAGAUUGACCCUCGGUCGCUCCCUCAGGAAUGGCCGACUGGCUAUAUUUCUUUUGGACGAGACUACCCUUUUGAAUAUCCCGCUGUCGCGUAUGGCACAGAGGUGUUUGAGGUCAAUGAUAAAUUGCGAGACGCAGCUUUCUCCCUGGCAUCCAAGGCAACGCUCACAGACCUGAAAGAGCCUCAAGAGUAUCGCUCAAAGUAUUCGGGAUCAGUCUACCAGCAUGCCAUGGCAGCAAAGGCUCCAAGUGUUGUCAGAUGUGACAUCGCCACGAGUGAUGUCUACUACUCCGGGACAAAACUCGCUCUAGCGUUCGAAAAUACGACCAAGAUCUGGACUAACGGCACAGGCAUUUACUGUAUGAGUGCGCAAGAAGACAAUGCAGCACUGGAAGUACUGGUUAGAGGCGCUGUCGAAGGUCUUGUCGACUUCGCAAGAGUUAUCAUCAUGAGGACUGGGUCAAAUUUUGAUCGGCCCCCGCCUCAUAUGUCAGACUGGGAGCAUCUAACCAGAACGGAUCAGAAUGGUUUCCAAAUCGCCAUUGAUAACAUUUAUAAUGCGGGGGUGGAGAUUGUCAAAGGAAUAAUCUCGGGCUGGAACUGCACCUAUCGGCGGGGGAUAAAGCCCACGGGUUACAUAGGUGACAUUUUUGGCAGCCUCGGGGGCGAGCCGGAUUUCGGGUUUGGGAGCUUGAGUCAAGGAAAACGUGUCGAGGGGGCUGGAUUGAAUCUUGGUUUGGCUACUGUUGAACUCAACAGGCGUCAAUACUUCGGAUCAAGAGCCAUGGUCAGAUAA